UCCUGCAUCCGUUCCAUGUACGGCGUAAGUACAGUUUGCUUAGUGCCGGGUCCACCGAUGUACCUGAGAGUGGCAUUGUCGGAAGGAGUCAGUGCCCCGCUAUACUUCUGGGUACCAUGCCUCGCGAGGGUACGCACCAUACGGAUGAGGGUUACAGUGGCCCUAUGUACGAAUACCUUAUGUACAACGUACUUCGUAGGUAACCGCGCAGCGCUAAGCUUCCCUGCUUCCCCCCCAACGUCGCCCCCUUACCCCUUAGCACUCCCCUUCAGCGCCCUAUCACUUCAGGGGAAAGCAGCAGAGCUGACACCGUACUACGCACUCCUGCGUCAAAUGUCGGAGGGAGCCCCUAAAAGACCAGUGAACCGACCGCUGAUCUGGUACCAAGUGGACGAAGGAAGAAGUGGAUUUCUCCUUCUGCUUCUUCUUGUUCUCUUCUUCUGUUCCUUGGUCCUUGGUCCUUGGUCCACAGUUCACCUCCCCGAGACAGAUCGACGCACGCCGUCUGGCUGGCUAGGAGGGUUGGUCGUCGGCAGUUCCUUGCUUUGUCAGAUCCUCCCGUGUCGAUCCGCCGCCGUCAUUGGGGAAUCUUGGGAUCACUGGUCCGGUCGGAGGUCGGUUUUCUUUCGUCUUCGUCGUCUCCGAAUCUGUGGCUAUCAAGUCGCCAACGCCGAAGGAUAUGAAACAAAAAGCAGACAGCAGAACUGGUAGGGCACGGUAGGCCAAAAGGUGAAGCUGAAACACUUUGACGUGUGUUGGCGUUGUCUGUCACAAAUGGAAU